UAUAGUGUUCAAACUGUAUUUUUAAUGUUUUCUCUAAAUAAUAUGUGAAACGCACACCUACUGUUUUUUUAGGGAGGUGCUAUAGCCACUGGUAAACAGUUCUAAUGGUAAAGAAAUGCUGCACACUCUGGCUCCAUAUGACAAGUUUAGUAGCCUAAAGUGGCAGUGUGUGGCACUUCUAUACCCUUCUAAUGUGUUCUACGCCAUAUAAACAUCAGUAAACUGUCUGGCCAAACCCUGGCCAGCAUCCUAAAAUGUUAUGAUCACUCACUAAGGACUUACACUAAGCCUAGGCUACUAAGGAAGAUGUGACACUCUGCUAGAAAAUAAGUAAAUUCAGAAGCCCAGUGGUAGGACUAAUGCCAUGGAGAACCAUGGCACAUCUGGUGAAGCCUCUACUCCAGAGACUCACCCUGAUGUCCAGCCCUCAGAGGGAGGUCUUCUGAUGGCACCCACCAGAAAGAUGCCUGAGGAGCUUUCACCUCUCACAGACUACCUGACCGAUCUAACGGAGCAGGAAUGGGUGGCCUUCUCUCAGGCAACCGCCGACCCUGUCACAAAGGCACAGUUUUUGAAACUGUGCGUGAACCUGGUGCAGCAUGUGACCAUGAGCUCAAUGAACGCGGUCGUCCCCGCGCUCAUAAAGCUGCUGACAGUGGACCCGCAGCAAUUCCUGACCUGUUCAGAGACGCACUACUGCCUUUUAGAUUUGGAAACAGCCGGCCCAUCGCUCAGAUGGAGUGACGAGGGACGGCACGUCACAGUGCUCAAUAAUGCCAUGCUGAUGAAGGCUAGUACAGAAGGGAGCAGUGGUCAGACUCAGGAAGUGACCCGAACACCUGACUCUCGCCGCUCUGCUGAGGAGAGGUCCCAGCAGAUCUCAUUCCUAGAUCAGUUUGGCAUCACAGAGGAAGGCAUCCGACAGAGUGUCCAGGCAACCUUAAAGGAGCUCAACGUGGUGGGCUGCCCAUCAGCCACUGAAGAGUUGACCCAUUCCAUUGUAAGGGAAGCUAUGGUAUGGGUGAACACUAGUCUAGCUGAGUUCAAAAAGGCAGCUUCCAGUGAACCAGGGAGCUCAGCCCUUCAUGAGAUCUUCAACGCUGAGGAGUUUGUCGAGAAGGUCAGCAUUAAGCUGGAUAGUCGGAGAAGUGCGGAGGAUGCAAGGCAGUCCCUUCUCUGCUGGAAGAGGUGCUCUGAUGCAUGCCCUUCUGAGGAAGACCUGGACCCAGUUCUGUCCUCAACAGUGAGUGACUCAAUGACAGUCAUCAUUGACACUAUCGAGUCGAGCUUAAAUGAACAGGAUGAGGAUGACUGUAAGAACAAACCUGACAAAAACCUGUUUUCGUCUAUCAGGCAGGCUGUGAAAGCCUUUGCAUGCCAGAGUGCGUCUCUGUCUGAAGUUUCAUUUUAUGACGAAGAAAACCAGGGGGAUCAUAUUGAGUGUAUUUCACAAGUAACACUGGACAGUCUGUUCAGUUCAGCUGUUCAGCCAGGAAAGCGACCAUUUUCCUUUGAUGAUUUCCGUCUGAAGGCCAACAAGGCUGUGAGAAGUGUUCUGGUCAUUAAAAUGAAGAAUUUUGACUCUGUUCCCCCAAGUUAUACGCAUGUCUGUGCCACUGAUACCCCUGCCUCUGUAGACGCCCCAAGAAGUAAAACCGAGCAUUCACCAGAACCCUAUUGGAAACCUGUUGAGGAGGCUGCCUCACUGGUCAUUGAGAACUUUGUGGAAGAGAUUAAGGCAAUCGCGCAAUCAGCAGAAUGUGUGGAUGAAAACGAGGAAACAGCAGUUGAGACUCAACCUGAUGAUGCCUCAAGUAUCGAGAAGAUGGAGCCUAAUGCUGAGAAGAACCCAGCCCUGUUGGCAGCGAAAAAAAUCUUUGCUAAAGUCCAGAAAACGCUGGAGGACUUCUUCAUACAACUACCCACUGAGCUGCAUCUGCACCAAGCUAUUUCUGCUCCCAGCAGUGACGAAGUCUCUGACCAAAAUCCCCAGGAACCAGGUGAAGAUCCUACCCAGGACUUCACUCAAAUGGCUAGCUGUCGCAAUGAGCAGCUACCUCAGGCCAGGACAGUUAGCCAUCUGCAACUCCACCAGGUACAAAGUGAAGCAGCGCAGUCUGGUCACAGUGCUCUAAGUCAACCUGACCUUGACACCUGCACACGCAAUGUGCUAAAAGGAGUAAUAGCUUCUUACCAUAAGCAGAAAGAGGCCGCUCAGCCAGAGGAGACAUCACUCGAUCCAUCAACAACGCCCAAUGAUUAUGUACGGAAUGUAAUCUCCCAGCUGAGUAAUAUCACCUCCUCCUCAAUUGAGGACUCGCUCUCCAUUGUGUGCAUUCAGAAUCUGUCAAGCUCCACAUUUCAGAGGAAUGCUUUUGACGCCGUUGUGGAUGUGCUUGUCACGUCAGUCCAGAGCAACGGCACUCUCCGGCCUUUUGUGUCCAGUGACAACAUAGAGGAAAGUGCCGAGCCAGAGAAUGACACGUGUGCCUCCUCUCUGCCACAGGAGGCAGAGAUUGAAAAUGCAAAUGCUGCUGCCUCGGAAAUUGUCGACCAGUUUGAAAAAGACCUGCGAAAGUGUAUCGAGUCGCUCCAGUCGCUCAGAAUCACAAACCAAAGUGACAUGGGCUCUAUGGAACCCCUGGGGACUCUGAGGAGCACAAAGGAAAUCCCUAAGCAAGAAUUUACCUCUGCUGCCUCAAAAGUAUAUCACAGUGUGCAAGUUAAGGUGAGAGAGAUUUUUGCCCAGUUGUCCUUUCAGAGGAAAUGGCCCUAUACACGUUUGGAGGAAACGUCUUCAAAGGAUUACAUAUCUGACCUAUCAAAAGGCAAUGCUGCCCGAUCUGGCUCUCUGGAUGUUACAGAGGUUAUGCCAGAGACAACUGACCUGGAAGACUGCACUAAGGAAGUAAUGGGAGAGCUUAUUAUGUCUGUUAAAGAGCAAAUAGCAGAAGACCAGAUGUCUUGCACUGAAGGAAAGACACCAACAUCAGGGAGUUACCUGGCAGGGAACAUCAUGCUGGAAAUCGAAAACAACUUUGUGUACACAUCUAGUCCUUCAAUGCAGAGUUCAGCCAACAGACAAUGUUCUGCUGAAUUAGUCCUUCCGAUAACUGAAAUAAUGCAGAAACUCUCAAGCGAGGACAUUCAGACAAAAGCAGUGAAACAAGUGAGCCAGGUUUUACUCAACUCAGCCAAAAGCAGUGGAACAGCCUCCUCCCUGCCAACAGAGUCAACUGCAUCUGAUCUCGUUGGCACUGUCGUUGAAGGCAUUCAGACUCUGUUUCAGUCCACAUCAUACAAUGCAAUGGAUAACACCAUUUCUGAUAGCAAAGGGAAAAGCCAGGGAGGUUCAUCUGUUUUGCUUAACAAGUCUCAGGUUGGGAAGGAGGCUUCUAAGGUUAAAAUCUGGUCAGUCACAAGAGAGAUAUUUGAAAGCCUACGGAGGAAGGUGAAAGAUUUUAUCACCAAUUCCCAGCUGCAUGAAUCUAAGGUCGAAGAGAAGGUAUGUGCAAAACAAGCCAUUAGCAAUGUGCUCGUUUGCAUUCAGGAAGAAGUUCCGAAUUCUGGAAUGUGGGGAACUGAUUCUGAGCAUCUCCAUUUGUUUCAUAACACGAUAAACACAAUGCUACAAAGUCUGGGAGACAUGGACGUGCAGAGGCCUACUUCAGCUUCCUCCUCUGUUCGAAAGGGCAAGCACUCACCUUUGCCUCAAGAGACUUUACUUGGGGUAGUGCUCACCUCUUCCGAAAGCCCUUUCCCUUACAUGGAUGGCGAAUCUCUUCGGGAUACCAUGGUUGACGUUGUGAAAGUCGUACUGGAGAAAGUUGAUGACGGGGAGGCUUCUUUGUCAUAUGCCCAAGGUCUUACCUCGGUUGCACGAAGCCUUGAGAGAUCGUUGUCCAGCAGCAGUGUCAACUCAUUUUCCCAUGACCUCAUUGAUCAGAUCUAUGGUCUUUUCAUGAGGAGCAACAACUCAACUCCGAGACAGUGUGUCUCAGAUUCUGCACUUUUGAAGCACGAGCAUGAGAAAGCGUCAGGGAUGCUAACUGCCUCUGAAAUACUUCAACUCUACAUUGAGGAGAGUGUCAAACAUCUUUUUCUCCCCUGUUUCAAACUUCCUUCCCCUUGGGAUGGGGUUAAGGGAGGCUCACAGCAACAAGCCCAGACCUCAAUCUCUUGCCCAAGCAGCCUAACUGACGUAGCAUCAGACACUCAGGGCAAAAUGGCCGCUACGAAGUCCCCACCACAAAUCCUGAGUGACACAGUGGGCCUCGUCGUUGAAAUGAUGGUGAAAGAGGUCAUGAGUGGUCUGACCCGGGCACUGAGCCCAAACAGUGAUCUGGAGGCAGUUGAAGAAACAUCUCAUUCAUCAAAUUUGAGAGCAACAAAGAGCUUCAGUUCAAAGCUCGCAGAACCACAGAUGAGUGCUGGGACCAGUGAAGGUGUCCAAAUCACCCCAUGGCCAAAGGCCUUUCCCAUGGACACGGAUGACUACACUGGCCUUGUGACUAUACUGGUUGUUCAACUGUUGACAAAGAUAAACUAUGGAUGGUUCUCCUAUGACAUGGUCAGCAAAGCCGGGGAACUCAUAAACAAGGUUGUUGCUGCGUUCAGUGCCUCUUCUGGCAUUUCAGCAACAGAACCCUAUCCUGAAGAUAUUAGAGAGCACAGGAUCUACAGGGCUGUCUACAGCAAUCUCCUCACCGAGUUUGGAUCUGAAACGGAUCUCCUGAAAGCCAUGGAGUCCAAUCGCCCAUCGUUUCAGACGUCCAUAGUCACAUCACUUACUAAGGAGCUUCUACAGAUAUGUGACACACAACCUGUGAAGGGGAAAGGAGAGCGUGGGAUCUUCCAGAAGCUCAACAUUGGUGGGAAGAAUGUCCCAUCACAGAGCAGAAAACAGUGGCAUUCCUCCAACAAGGAUCAGAGUGCUCUCUCCACCACUGCUCUCAUGGCUUCAGCCAAUAUGUCUUCAUCCAGUGAAACCCCACUGAUUGAGCAAUCAUCUAGACACUCAGAGAAAAGCAGAGAUGCCCGGAUGCCUAAGAAACAUUGCUGUUUUAUCAAAAUAUUCUCUGCCCUGAGAGGGGAGACAUCUUAGAUAAACCAUGGUUCAAAUAAACUAAAUAAAGUAUUCAUUUCA